AUGGCUUCUCUCAAUAACUCCAUUCUCACAUUCCAAACAUGUACACCCCAUCAGCACGAAGGUACAACUGAUUUCAAACCCGCCGAUUCAUUUCUUCCUCCCUCUUAUUUCCUUACUAGAGUCAAGUCGUCAACCAGAACACGCUCUUUGUCCUCUAAAACUAGCCAAUCUUUCACAUCUAUCAUUAACGAGUUCGAAAAAGAAAAGAUCAACAAAUCCAUCGAUCAAUUAGAAGAAAGUGAAAAUACUAGUAAAAUUUAUGAACCGGAAGUAGUAGAUCGAUGGCUUGAAAUUCAUGGUCAAGAUGAUUGGGUAGGUAUGCUUGAUCCAAUGGAUCCAAUUCUACGUAACGAAUUAAUUCGUUACGGAGAAAUGGCUCAAGCUUGUUACGAUGCUUUCGAUUUCGAUCCAUAUUCUAAAUAUUGUGGGAGUUGCAAAUUUCCAAGGCGUAAGUUUUUUGAUGGAUUAGGGAUGGCUGAAUAUGGGUACGAUAUCACACGUUAUCUAUAUGCAACUUCAAAUAUUAACUUGCCAAAUUUCUUCAAGCAAUCGCGUUGGCCUAAGAUAUGGAGUAAAAACGCGAAUUGGAUUGGUUAUGUUGCGGUUUCAAAUGAUGAAACGACGAAACGGUUAGGGCGUCGUGACAUAACAAUAGCAUGGAGAGGUACCGUGACUCGUUUGGAAUGGAUUGCUGAUUUAAUGGAUUAUCUCCGUCCGAUUUCUUCAGAUAAUAUACCUUGCCCUGAUCCUAAUGUCAAGGUGGAGUCUGGAUUUCUUGAUCUUUACACUGACAAAGACGAGAAGUGCAGGUAUUGCAAGUUUUCAGCUCGAGAACAGAUACUAACGGAAGUGAAAAGAUUAAUAGAAAUGUAUCCAGACGAGGAAAUGAGCAUAACGGUUACCGGGCACAGCUUAGGCAGCGCGCUAGCAAUAUUAAGCGCGUACGACAUAGUCGAAACGGGCUUAAAUGUAAAGGAGGAUACAAGUGCUGUGCCAAUUUGUGUAUUUUCAUUUUCAGGGCCAAGAGUUGGUAAUGUAAGGUUCAAAGAAAGAAUUGAAAAAUUAGGUGUGAAAGUGUUGAGAGUUGUGAAUGUUCAUGAUAUUGUGCCAAAAUCACCAGGAUUAGUGUUGAAUGAGAAUUCACCCUCUAUGGUUAUGAAGAUAUGUGCAAAGUUGCCAUGGAGUUAUUCACAUGUUGGUGUGGAGUUGGCUUUGGAUCAUAAGAAUUCACCUUUUUUGAAACCAACUAGUGAUCUUGUUUGUGCACAUAAUUUGGAGGCUCAUUUGCACUUGCUUGACGGAUAUCAUGGAAAAGGGAGAAGAUUUGUGCUUGAAAAGGGAAGAGACAUAGCAUUAGUGAACAAAGCAUGUGAUUUUUUGAAAGAUCAUUAUUGUGUUCCUCCCAAUUGGAGACAAGAUGAAAACAAAGGCAUGAUUAGAGACAAAGAUGGACGUUGGAUUCAACCUGAACGUCCUAGACUUGAUGAUCAUCCUCAUGAUAUUCAUCAUCAUCUCAAACAUUUAGGACUUUAAU